CGCGCGAAAUUUUAUGUAGAAUUUCAACUUCCAAGUCUCUCUCUCUACUCUGGUACUUUGUCUAGUGCUCAAUUAAAAUCCGUUACUGUCAAGGAAGAAAGUUGAUACUAUCGUGAGCAUACAUGGAAGCAUUUCUGAAGGGACGGACUGGAGCAAGUAAGGAGGGCACGCAUCAAAAUGCAACAGCGCCAGGCACUUCUGGAAAGCGAGAUAAGCAGAAUCGGAAAACGGCACACACACCCUGGGUAGAAAAAUAUCGCCCAAGAUCAAUAGAAGAUGUUGCCUACCAGGAUGAUGUCAUUGCAGUGCUUAGGAAGACAUUGCAAGGAGCUGAUCUGCCCAAUAUGCUCUUUUAUGGUCCGCCUGGAACUGGCAAAACAUCGACUAUAUUGGCUGCUGCAAGGGAGUUAUAUGGGGCCGACAUGUUUCGUGACCGCGUGUUAGAACUGAACGCCUCUGAUGAGCGGGGAAUACAGGUCAUCAGAGACAAGGUGAAGAACUUUGCACAGCUGUCUGCCGGUGGUACGCGACCUGACGGCAAACCUUGCCCACCAUUCAAGAUCAUAAUACUAGAUGAGGCGGACUCGAUGACUCAGCCUGCUCAGGCAGCGCUAAGGAGAACAAUGGAGAAGCAGUCUAAGACAACAAGGUUCUGCCUUAUCUGUAAUUACGUGAGCCGAAUCAUCGAGCCAAUCACGUCGCGUUGCUCCAAGUUUCGAUUUAAGCCUCUAGCCAAUGAGAUUCUUCUAAAACGUCUGAAAGAAAUCUGUGAGAAAGAGAAUGUAAAAUGCGAUGAAAAGGGCUUAGAGGUGAUCCUUGAUACGUCAGAAGGCGACAUGAGGAAGGCCAUCACGACCUUGCAAAGUGCAAGCCGUUUGAAGCUCGGUGACACCAUUGUGCAGCAGGACAUAUACGAAAUCUCAGGGGUGAUACCAAGUGAGUGGAUUGAUAAACUGAUGGCUGCUUGCCAAUCUAGUUCCUAUGAGAAACUUGAAGCCAUAGUUAAGGAAAUGAUGUUAGAAGGACAUUCUGCUGGACAGAUCCUUAUACAGGUAUUUGACAGUGUCAUUCCAAGCACAGAUCUUAAUGACAAACAAAAAUCUGUCAUCUGUGAAAGAAUUGCGGUGGCAGAUAAGUGCUUACAGGAUGGAGCAGACGAAUAUUUGCAAGUUAUGGACGUAUGCACAGUGAUAAUGUGGCAGAAAGGCCAUUAGGUGAAACUUAUUCAAGUUAACGGUUGAAUAACGAUGCUGUUUGGCAGAUAUUGCAAAACUUACAGCAGCAUUGUAACCACUGCCAUUGUUUUACAUUUCCAUUUCUAUGGAUAAAAAAGGUUAGAUUUCCAAAGUCAAUUAAAAUUACUUCAUUGAACGUGUGUGAAGGGAAAUGUAGUAUGAAAUAUGAACAUUUGACAUUAAUUGAGUGCUCUUGCUUUUAAGGUAUUGUGUAAUUCCUAGCAAAGCAUGUUAAUCUAGUUAAACAUAAUGUAAUACUGUAUAUGUAUAUCACAAUGCAGACAUAGCAUCUUACAGUUGACUGAUGUUUGUGAGAUUUCAUAUAAAAACAGCAAUUUUUGAAACGGCA